GCACGGCCCCGCACGGCACGGGGGUUGCCAUGACAAGCAUUUUCUCCCGUUAGCUCCGGGACCGCUGCCCCUCCAUCCCAUGGCCAGUCGCGGGGGCUCCGCCGCCAGCCGGUGGGACCGGAGCCGCUCCAGUUGCUGUGGUAUCCAGGGAGCCCCCCUCCUCCUCCUCCUCCUCCUCCUCCUCCUCCUCCCGCUGCAGGAGCUGCACGCCGGGCGUUGCUAAGGUCGCCUCCGCGGUAACAUGCACAUCCUGUUUACACCUUCAUCCCGACAACUUGGGCUCGGAUAGAGCCGCCCGUUCCCCCCGGGAAGCCCCCAGGGAAAGGGGCCGCACGGAGCAUCCCCCGCCGGAGCCGCCGGAGCCGCGAGCGAGGCCGCCCCAGGAGCGCCGCGCCGGCGGCACCGUCACUGUGACAAGAUGACGAACAACGUGGCCGACCACCACCCCGGGAACUCGGUGGCCGAGGGCAACCAUGAGGGGGACUUUGGGUGCUCCAUGGUGGAGCUCAGGAACCUCAUGGAGCUGAGGAGCGCCGAGGCCGUGGCCCGGCUCAACGACUCCUAUGGUGGCGUCCAGAACGUCUGCAAGAGGUUGAAGACGUCGCCGGUUGAAGGCCUGUCCGGGAACCCCACGGACCUGGAGAAGAGGCGUCAGGUCUUCGGCCAGAACUUCAUCCCCCCAAAAAAGGCCAAGACAUUCCUGCAGCUGGUGUGGGAGGCGCUGCAGGACGUGACGCUGAUCAUCCUGGAGAUCGCUGCCAUCAUCUCCCUGGGGCUCUCCUUCUACCACCCCCCGGGAGGGGACAACGAGCUGUGCGGGCAGUCCGCGGGCGGCGUGGAGGACGAGGGCGAGGCACAGGCGGGCUGGAUCGAGGGCGCUGCCAUCCUCUUCUCCGUCAUCAUCGUGGUGCUGGUGACGGCCUUCAACGACUGGAGCAAGGAGAAGCAGUUCCGGGGCCUCCAGAGCCGCAUCGAGCAGGAGCAGAAGUUCACGGUGAUCCGCAAGGGCCAGGUGAUCCAGAUCCCCGUGGCUGAGAUCGUGGUGGGGGACAUCGCCCAGAUCAAGUACGGUGAUCUCCUGCCAGCGGACGGGAUCCUGAUCCAGGGCAAUGACCUGAAGAUAGACGAGAGCUCGCUGACCGGGGAGUCAGACCAGGUCAAGAAAUCAAUGGAUAAAGACCCCAUGCUGCUGUCAGGUACCCACGUGAUGGAGGGCUCGGGCAGGAUGGUGGUGACUGCUGUGGGCAUCAACUCCCAGACAGGGAUCAUCUUCACCCUCUUGGGAGCAGGAGAAGGCGACGAGGAGAAGAAAGUGAAGAAAGGUAAAAAAAGCGGAGCCCCCGAAAACCGCAACAAAGCUAAAACUCAGGAUGGUGUGGCCUUAGAGAUCCAGCCCCUGAAGAGCCAGGAGGGGGUGGAAAACGAGGAGAAGGAGAAGAAGAAGGUGAAGGUGCCCAAGAAGGAGAAGUCGGUGCUGCAGGGGAAGCUCACGCGCCUGGCAGUGCAGAUCGGGAAGGCAGGGCUGAUCAUGUCGGCCAUCACCGUCAUCAUCUUGGUGCUCUACUUCGUCAUCGACACCUUCGGGGUGCAGAAGCGGCCCUGGCUGGCCGAGUGCACCCCCAUCUACAUCCAGUACUUCGUCAAGUUCUUCAUCAUCGGCGUCACCGUGCUGGUGGUGGCCGUGCCCGAGGGGCUCCCGCUGGCCGUCACCAUCUCGCUGGCCUACUCCGUCAAGAAAAUGAUGAAGGACAACAACCUGGUGAGGCACCUGGACGCCUGCGAGACCAUGGGCAACGCCACGGCCAUCUGCUCGGACAAGACGGGCACGCUGACCAUGAACCGCAUGACCGUGGUGCAGGCCUACGUGGGGGACACGCACUACCGCCAGAUCCCCGACCCCGAGGCCAUCCUGCCCAAAAUCCUGGACCUCAUCGUGCACGGCGUGGCCAUCAACUCCGCCUACACCUCCAAAAUCCUGCCGCCGGAGAAGGAAGGGGGGCUGCCCCGGCAGGUGGGCAACAAGACCGAGUGCGCCCUGCUGGGCUUCGUGCUGGACCUGAAGCAGGACUACCAGGCCGUGCGCAACGAGGUGCCCGAGGAGAAGCUCUACAAGGUCUACACCUUCAACUCCGUGCGCAAGUCCAUGAGCACCGUGCUGAGGAGCAGCGGCGGCGGCUUCCGCAUGUACAGCAAGGGCGCCUCCGAGAUCAUCCUGCGCAAGUGCACCAAGAUCCUGGACAAGAACGGCGAGCCGCGGGUGUUCAAGGUGAAGGACAGGGACGAGAUGGUGAAGAAGGUGAUCGAGCCCAUGGCCUGCCACGGGCUCAGGACCAUCUGCCUGGCCUUCCGGGAUUUCCCUGCGGACGCCGAGCCCGACUGGGACAGCGAGAACGAGAUCCUGUCCGACCUGACCUGCAUCGCCGUGGUGGGGAUCGAGGAUCCCGUGCGGCCUGAGGUGCCCGAUGCCAUCCUGAAGUGCCAGCGCGCCGGCAUCACCGUCCGCAUGGUGACAGGGGACAACAUCAACACCGCCCGGGCCAUCGCCACCAAGUGCGGCAUCCUGCUGCCCGGGGAGGACUUCCUGUGCCUGGAGGGGAAGGAAUUCAACCGGCUCAUCCGCAACGAGAAGGGAGAGGUGGAGCAGGAGCAGCUGGACAAGAUCUGGCCCAAGCUGCGGGUGCUGGCGCGUUCCUCCCCUACGGACAAGCAUACCCUGGUGAAAGGAAUCAUCGACAGCACCGUGGGUGACCAGAGGCAGGUGGUGGCCGUGACAGGAGAUGGGACCAACGAUGGCCCAGCCCUGAAGAAAGCAGAUGUUGGGUUUGCCAUGGGCAUCGCGGGCACGGACGUGGCCAAGGAGGCCUCGGACAUCAUCCUGACCGACGACAACUUCACCAGCAUCGUCAAGGCCGUCAUGUGGGGCCGCAACGUCUACGACAGCAUCUCCAAGUUCCUGCAGUUCCAGCUGACCGUCAACGUGGUGGCCGUCAUCGUGGCCUUCACCGGCGCCUGCAUCACCCAGGACUCUCCCCUGAAGGCGGUGCAGAUGCUGUGGGUGAACCUGAUCAUGGACACCUUCGCCUCGCUGGCGCUGGCCACGGAGCCGCCGUCGGAGUCGCUGCUGCUGCGCAAACCCUACGGCCGCAACAAGCCGCUCAUCUCCCGCACCAUGAUGAAGAACAUCCUGGGCCACGCCGUCUACCAGCUCACCAUCAUCUUCACACUGCUCUUCGCCGGGGAGAAGUUUUUCGACAUUGACAGCGGCCGGAACGCUCCCCUGCACUCUCCCCCCACCGAGCACUACACCAUCGUCUUCAACACCUUUGUGAUGAUGCAGCUCUUCAACGAGAUCAACGCCCGCAAGAUCCACGGCGAGAGGAACGUCUUCGAGGGCAUCUACCGCAACCCCAUCUUCUGCGCCGUGGUGCUGGGCACCUUCACCGCCCAGAUCAUCAUCGUGGAGUUUGGUGGGAAGCCCUUCAGCUGCUCCGGGCUCACCCUGAGCCAGUGGUUCUGGUGCAUUUUCAUUGGAGUGGGAGAGCUCCUGUGGGGCCAGCUGAUCUCCACCGUCCCGACGAGCCACCUGAAGUUCCUGAAGGAGGCCGGGCACGGCAUCACCAAGGAGGAGAUCCCCGAGGAGGAGCUGCCCGAGGACGUGGACGAGAUCGACCACGCGGAGAUGGAGCUGCGGCGGGGGCAGAUCCUGUGGUUCCGGGGGCUCAACAGGAUCCAGACCCAGAUGGACGUAGUUUACACAUUCCAGACCGGCGCCUCCUCUUUGCAGGGAGCCCUCAGGAGACAGCCUUCCAUCGUGAGCCAGCACCACGAUAUCAAAGUGGUGAAUGCGUUCCGUAGCUCCCUGUACGAAGGCCUCGAGAAACCCGAAUCCAGAAGCUCCAUCCAUAACUUCAUGACUCACCCAGAGUUCAUCCUGGAGGAAGACGAGCCUCGGACACCAUUCCUUGAUGGCACCGAAGACGAGCCCGAGCCUGACGGACUCCAAAAACGAGGUGGGGGCAGCCCGGCGGGGUCGACGGCCCUGAACAGAAACAACAACGCUGUGGACAGCGAGUUCAGCUUCCCAGAGCCUGGGAGCCCCUUCCACAGCCUGGAGACAUCCGUUUGACCUUAGAACUUGGAAUUCCUCCUCCUCCUCCUCCUCGUCCUCGUCCACCUCGGCCCUGUGUGAUCCCGGCAGCAGUAACUGGUCACACGCUGCGGUCACUCCGUGUCAAACUGCUCAUGCCUGUGUCAUCAUCUGGGUUGGUUUUUUUUUUUUUUUGGGGGGGUGGGGGAAAUGAUCUGUUUUUUUCUCUUUUUUGUUUCAUUUUUGUUUUGUUUUGUUUUGUUUUUUUACCAGUCUUUAGCAGUGGGAACCAGAGUACCACCACGCUGGGUGUUGGGAGAGAGGCUAAGCCAAACAAAAAAAAAAACCAAAAAAACCACAGAAUUGUGCAUCUCCAUCCCUGAUUUUUUGUGGUACUCACCCAGGGGAAGCUGCCAGCUUCUUUCCUCUCCAAGAGUUGGGCUCCAGGCACCUGGAGCCAGGGGGUUUUCACUUUGGAAAAAUGCAUGUUCCAAGGAAAUUCAAAUUGUUGUAGUCUUACACGCCCUCAGCCCAAAGGCUGGGGGUGCAAUUGUGACUUGAUUUUAUUUUUUAUUAUUUUGGUGGGGUUUGUUAGUUGUUUUUUUUUUCUCCACUCGUGGUUUUUAGAGGUUUUCUCUUCUAAUGUUGGGGUUUGCUCUUUGCUUGUGGGGUUUGCCCCCUUACCCAGUGGGAAGUGGGAUGGGGCAGUCAGCGCUCCAGUGCAAAAAUUAAGGAAUAAACUAAAAAAUCCCAGCCAGAGGAAGGUGUUUACUCCAAGGUUGAGAGAUCCAGGGAUGCCCACCAGUCUUCCACCUUUGAAAAAUGGUACCUGGGUUUUUUCCAGCUCCCCCUCUGUGUGUGCCCACACGUUUUUCUCUCUCUGUUUCCAAACUGGGAGAUGAGAAAUGAAGUUGGCUUGGCUCUAACCUUGCUGGAGGGGAGAGAUUCAGAUUUUCCUGCAAAUGUGGAGGUGAAACUGACAGGGAAAAGGUGGAGAGACCCCCCCCCAGUUGUGAGGGAUGCAGCUUCUUCCUGAGGAAUUUUAGGAGAGGCCUCUCUGCUGCUCCUGGUCAGGGGGAAACUCUUGGUGAGAGGGUUUUUGCAGCUCUCCCAGCUCCUGCCCUCCAGAGCGGAGGGAUUUUUUCCCUUUUUUCUGUGCUGUCGGGGUCCAGCACCCCUCAGCCUCGCAGUGCCGGCUCCAGGGAAGCGCUGAGGGAUCCAGGAGAUGCCCAAAAGCCGUGGGAGGCUGAGUGGAGAACACUGAGGGCACAGCAGGUCCUGAAUCCUGGGAGGGAUCAAUCUGGCUGAUGAUCCAGUGGAAGGCAGGGAGGCCCAGGGAUGAUCCCUGAUUUUCCUGGAGGCUUGGCUUGGAUGGCUGCAGCUCUUCCAGAGAAGGCGCUGCUGGAGGCUUGGCCUCAUUUCGCUGCUUUAUUUGGAGGCCAUCUCCUCCUCUCCAGCCUCGCCUCCACCCCUGGGAACAACCCUGGGAGAAUCCCUUUCCUUGGAGCUGGAUUGUCCCUCUGGUGAUCCCUGGAGCAGGCGGCGGGGUGGGGGCUUCUCCUUGUUGUGACCCCAGCCUGGAGGAAGCUCUGCCCCCUCUCUGCCCUCCUCCAUCCCCUCUGGCUCGCUCGGGGAUGCGCUGGAAGCGCCUGUGCGAGGUCAUUCCCAUCCCUGGGAGCGCAGAGGACGUUGUUUUUUCGUUUGGGAAAGGCUGGCUCUGGCUGGGUUCUCCUCCCCUUUCCCGUCAGGAACGCACAGCGGAAUCUCCCGUGCCUUGUCCGAGCACUGCCUGCAGCACCUCCUGCCACGCCAGGGCCCAGAUCUUUGCCGAGAUUUAAGUGUUCCUUAAACCACACCGCAAACCAAGUGUCUUGGCUUCGCCCCCCGGCACCGCCUCGCCCUCCCCGUGGCGAAGGAAAGGUCCUUAAAUCCCAAAAAUCCCAAAUAUCCCCAGUGUCCCACCCUGGUGCUGGCGAGCUGGGCGUUGUUCACUGCCAACAGCGAGAAGGAAUUGCCACCACUGCCCGUCCCCAGUGCAAAUUCAGUGUCCACCCCAUGCCCAGCUCCUCCUUCCCUCCCUCCCCCCAAAAAAUAACCCAGGGGAGCGAGGGGAUCUUGGGUUAAACACCGGGAAAUACAAAACAAAACAAAAAAAAACCCAAAUAAGGGGUGGUUGUGGGGUUUUGGUUCUGUGCUAAAGGUGACGUUGCUUAAAAAAAAAAAAAAAAAAAAAAAAAAAACUCAUUU